AUGAUUUCUAGCUUAGCCAAAUGUGUUGUUCUCGUUUCCUCGAUAAUUGCUGUUGGUCAAGCGUGUAUUGCCACAACCACAACAACCCCAGGUAAGCAAAGUUUUUGAAAAUUGUUACUAUUUAUAUUUGAAUCUGUAAUUUUCAGUCUGCUGUAGUGUUCUUUCCACAUCUACAUUGACUCGUGUGCCUCCAGUAGGAAUUACGUCAGAACAAUGUUCAGUUUUGCGACGAAUCUCGAGCGUCUGUCCAACCACCGGAACUGUACUCUGCGACGCCGCUGCUGAUACUAAUGUAUGAUAUAUAUAUUUCUCGGAAAAAUUUAAAUUCAGUAUUCUACUUUCAGCCCAGCAACGUUAUCAUUCAAUUAAUCGGAACUGCUGGUACAUCCGUCAAAGAAGUCAGUGUAGCCGGUGACAGCGCCGCUACCACUUUGCAAUGCGUAAAUGGAUUAUGGUAUGUGCCCGGCACAUCGACCCAGGUGAAAUCAGUCACGUGCUCACAAACUGGAUCGACAGGAACUGAUGAGGGAAAUUUCCCAUAG